AUGAAGAGCUUCACCUUAAUAACAGCAUUCCUUCUCUGCAGCCUCAGCUGGGUCUCUGUCUCAGAUUCUGAGCCUCAGACUGUGGAGGUCCAGCCUGGUAAAGAAGUCACACUGCUGUGCUCCAACAUCUCGGCAACCCCAACUCAGACAGACUGGUUCAGAGUGGUCAACAGAACCAAAGCCAGCUGUAUCGCCUCUAUGUACGGGUCUGAGAGCAAUACUUCACUCUGUGAUGGAUUUCAGAACACAAAAUUUGAAAUGAGUUCAAACAUCUCUACUAUCUUUCUUAAAAUCACACAAGUGGAUUUAUCUGACUCUGGACUGUAUUUCUGUGGAUUCUACAUCAACACUCACACAGUCAUUGCCGAUGUGACGGAGUUACAAGUCCAAGAAGAGUCUGAUGGAAUAAACCUGAUGAGUGUGAUCCUGGGUGCUGUGACUCUCUUGCUCACUAUUAUCAUCAUUGUUCUGGCUGUUAAAAUCAGGAAACUUCACACAGCUGCCAACGAAGAACCACAGCCAGAAAGAAACAAGAAUCAGCGCACAGAUGACCUGAACUACGCAGCUGUGAAUUUUCAGCCAAAAACAAAAAGAAACCGUCGGCCUGCAACCGAAAGAGAAAAGGAGCUGAGUGUUGUGUAUGCUACCACCAGAUAGACUCAGGGGUCAA